AUGCAGUUCACCACCUUCAUCAUCGCCCUCACCGCGCUCGUUUCGAACGCGCUCGCCGUCACGGUCUCGUACGACCAGACAUACGACAACGCGGGCGGCAGCCUCGCCACGGUCGCGUGCUCGGACGGCCCGAACGGGCUGCUCACGAAGGGCUUCAGCACGUUCGGGUCGCUCCCGCACUUCCCCAACAUCGGCGGCGCGGCAGCCGUCGCCGGCUGGAACUCGGCGCAGUGCGGCUCGUGCUGGAAGCUCACGUACAACGGGCGGAGCAUCAACGUGCUCGCGGUCGACCACACCGACGCCGGGUUCAACAUUGCGCUCGAGGCGAUGAACACGCUCACGAACAACCAGGCGGUGUUCUUGGGCAGGGUCGACGCGACGGCCACCCAGGUCGCCUCGUCCCAGUGCGGACUGUAA